GCACUGACUUUAGUAGAAGAAAAAUAUCGAUUUGCCAUACACGACGAUAAAACGAAAAAAAGUGUUCAGGAGCUGAAAAGUUGUGCAAAAAUUUGAAAACGUUAGAAAAAUCAAAAGAAAAAAUUUAAUUAUUUACCGAAAAGACUUAACAGGAAACAGUCGUAAUUUGCACAAUAAGAAAAAUUUAUAGAAAAAAUUAAUUGCAAAAAAAUAGUCAAUUUUCAAAAAAAAAAAAUCUCAAGAGGAGGAGGUGAUUGAUUUUUUUAUAUUGUAAUUUUCGUAAACAUCUAGAGUCAUAAAGAGUUGAGAGGACAAAAUGGCCUUUGCUGGAUUAAAGAAACAAAUUAACAAAGCCAAUCAGUAUGUAACAGAGAAAAUGGGUGGUGCCGAGGGCACCCGGUUGGAUGUCGAUUUCAUGGAGAUGGAACGCAAGACAGAUGUAACCGUCGAACUGGUGGAGGAGUUGCAGGUGAAGACGAAAGAAUUUCUUCAGCCAAAUCCCACGGCCAGAGCGAAGAUGGCAGCCGUCAAGGGUAUUUCGAAAUUGUCUGGCCAAGCAAAAUCGAAUACGUAUCCUCAGCCCGAAGGUCUUUUGGCUGAUUGUAUGUUGACUUACGGCAAAAAGUUGGGUGAAGACAAUAGUGUUUUUGCGCAAGCGCUAGUUGAGUUUGGCGAAGCGCUGCGUCAAAUGGCUGAUGUUAAGUACUCGUUGGAUGACAAUAUUAAGCAAAACUUUUUGGAGCCACUUCACCAUCUGCAAAUGAAAGACCUCAAGGAGGUCAUGCACCAUCGCAAGAAGUUGCAAGGACGACGACUCGACUUCGAUUGCAAACGUCGCCAGAAGGCAAAAGAUGAUGAAAUACGUGGGGCCGAGGAAAAGUUCGAGGAAUCGUUGCAUCUUGCCCAAAUGGGCAUGUUCAACUUGCUCGAGAAUGAUACCGAGCAAGUUUCGCAACUCUGCACUUUCGCCGAGGCUCUCUACGAAUUCCACUCGCAAUGCGCAGAUGUUCUGCGUGGCCUUCAGGAGACGUUAGCUGAGAAGCGUGAAGAAGCCGAGUCGCGUCCCAAGCCGGAGUUUGUGCCCAAAUCCCUACUCGAUUUGAAUUUGGAUGGUAUGGGCAAUGACACGGAGAGCUCGGGCACACCAGCCCAUCACAGGGUGACUGGUGCGUCUCCGCUGCCAUCGCCCAUGCGUUCGCCUGCUAAAUCGAUGGCCACUACACCGUCACGCCAGCAGAUGCAGCCCUAUUGCCAGGCUUUGUACGAUUUCGAGCCGCAAAACCCCGGCGAGUUGGGCUUUAAAGAAAAUGAAAUUAUCACUCUGCUGAAUCGCGUCGACGACAAUUGGUUUGAGGGCUCACUCAACGGUCGCACUGGCUAUUUCCCACAAUCGUAUGUGCAGGUGGUGGUUCCACUACCCAAUGGCAAUUAAAUUGUCAACUUUUCUUCUCUCAAAACGACAUAGCUGCAACAACUACAAAAAAUAACCAGGAGGCUGAUUAUUUUAAAGAUUAAAAAAUUAAACACAGAUUGUUCAAUCGACAGUUAGAUGGUUGGAUGGACAGAAGUAUGAUGCACGAAAGAUGUAGACGAUUUUUUUAAGCUAAAAGUUAACCGUUGAAAGAAAAAAUUUUACUACGUAUAAGUUGUCAUAUUGACAAAUCUUUGACAUUGAUGCUAAUUACCAUAGAGUAAAAGUCCUUGAUAAUAAAACAUUUGAUGUGUGAUUUUAUUAUCCCUGCAAAAAUGCGUCACACAUUUAGUUAUGGUAUAUAUAUGUAUUUGAAGAAUUUGCUUUUCAAAGAGUUUCUUGUUUGAUCAGUUGUCUAGUAUAUUUAUAGAAAAAAGUGAAUAUAUAUAUGUUUAUACUUUUCAAUACAAAAAUUAUGUAUGUUUUAUUAAAAGAAUCUUUUAUUCUCUGAAAUGUUGUUAUUAAUUUUGGAUAUAAACUUGUAAAUUUACAAGAUUUUACAUUGUUUCUUUAUUCCAUCUUUGAUGCUUAUUGUAAAUGCAAAGUUUGUAUGUUAAUAUGCAAUUGCAAAAUAUAUUUUAGCACAUGCCACAUAACUAAAGGUCAGCUUCAAUGAAAUAACAAUUAUAAAAAUACCUCUAACCCUCCAUUUAAAUCUUAAUUAAAUGUAUGACAACUUUAUCCUAUGUAAAAGAAAAACAAAUAAAACCAUUAAGAAAACGAUUAUUUUUUCCACUUCUUAAGAACUUUUGAAAGAACUUAAAAGAUUUAUGAUUACAUUAUAUAACUAUUUAAAUGUCCUUGAUCUUUAUAUAUAAAAAAAUCAAAGAAAAUCUUUUUAAUGUUAAUUAUUAUCUGUAUUUUUGUGCUCGUUAUUUAUUUUUUACUUUAAAAACAAGCAGUUUUAUACGCUAAAUUUAUAAAUAUUUUAAAAAGAAAAAAAAAUCAAAUAAAAAUCCUUUAAAAUUGUUGGUGUGUUUCUGUAAACACAAAAGGUACACAUGCUUAUAAAUUUGAAAAGUUGCCAACAGCAAAUUGAUUUAUUAAAAUAUAUUCUCUAAGGAUAACUAACAUCACACGGAAAGUUAGUGACAAAUUGACAAGACUAAGUGGGUCAAUUUCUUUAGUUCUAUGUAGUUUUCUUUUUAUAUUUAUUUUUUACAUAAUAUUUUAUGUCUUAAUAAUACCCUAGGGAUUUAAUGUGUUAUUUAGAUCCUUUUGACAAUAAACAUUUUUAAAAUUAGAGUUAUUAAUAUUAUUAUCAUCAUGAUUAUUAUUACAUAAAGCUUUUGUUGGUUUUAUUGAAGUUAAUUUAAAGUUUUUUAAAGUUUUUAUCAGCAAGUACUUGCUGAAACAGUAUUUUAAAAAAUAUUAUUUAUCACAUAUAAUGCUGGGGCAAAACACCUCUAAUAAAAUUAUGAAUCAUUUUUAUAUUAUUUUAACUUGGCCACAAAAUAUUUUGUUUUAUUUUUAGAGAAAUAUUAUAAAUAUAUUAGAGACUGAUUUACUGUACAAAUUUAUUAUUUAAACUUCUUCUAUCGACAUUCACAUGAGAAAAAUACAAAUUUUAAAAAUAUGUGUUUAUAAUUCGGUAGCAGGAACUAAAGCAUAUAAUUGGCUUUAAUUGAAGUGUUUAAUUUAGUACAAUUGUACAGUUUUAAGAUAUUAAAAUGCUAGGGAUUUUUUCAAUCUGAGACGUAAACUUGUACCUACAUUACGUCAAUUUCAUUCAAUGUCUGGACUUUUCAGUACUAUUUUGCCAAAAAAAAGGUUAUAAACUGUUUUUUAAUAAGUUUUUUUAAAUAUAAAUUAUCUCCAAAAAUUUUGCCAGUAAACCAGUAUUAUUAUGAAUUUUCCUUAUUAAAAUGUAUAUAAUUUUUAUGUUUGUUUUAUAAUUAAAUAACUCUUGAUUU